AUGGCCCUCAAACCCGGUGAUCAGUUCCCCGAGAACGUCGUCUUCCAGUACAUCCCCUGGACCGAGGAAAAAGGCGAAAUCACCGCCUGUGGCAUUCCCAUCAACUACGAGGCCUCUAAGGAAUGGGCCGAUAAGAAGGUCGUCCUCUUCUCGGUGCCUGGCGCCUUCACCCCCACCUGCUCGGUCAACCACAUGCCCGGAUAUAUCAAGAACCUGCCGCAAUUGAAGGAAAAGGGCGUCCAGGUCGUCGCCGUCGUCGCCUCCAACGACCCCUUCGUGAUGAGCGCGUGGGCCAAGGCCAACGGCGUCAAGGACGAGAUCUUGUUCCUGUCGGACCCGGAGGCGCGCUUCUCCAGCAGCCUCGGCUGGGCGAACGGUGGUCGCACCGGUCGCUACGCCGUGGUGAUUGACCAUGGCAAGGUGACUUAUGCGCAGAUUGAGACCAAGAAGGGGGCUGUCGAGGUGUCUUCGGCGGAGACGGUGUUGGCGCAUCUGUAA